CAGUUAUAGAGAUGCUUUAUGUUGUUUAAGAUGCAUAGAGCCUACCAGUCAAUUUUACCAUGUGGCAACAAAUAUCUUCAGCAAAAAUGGGACAAAGCAAACUAUGAAGAGCACAAGAAAAGGUUUUUACUUCCAGGGACUCCUUGACCCACGGCUAUUCAUAUGACCUACAAUUUGCAGUGAUCUUCCUGUCAGACCUGACCUGAAUAUUCAUGUGAUGUGUUGGGGGAAGAUUUUAACUGUGCCACUGAAUCUGGUGCAAUACAAACUCUAUUCGAUCCAGACUGCCAAACCUGUAGUGGACACCACUACUCCUCUAACAUAUGGCCAUCUUCACUUGAAGUUAAAGAAGUUAAAGCUUGAGAAGGAACGGCUUUCAGUCAUCGAAAGAGACAAUCAUUUGCUGCUGGAGAAGAUGUCCUCCAUCAUGAGGACGAAAGGGCGAAUUGAUAACAAAAAUUACUAUCAGGCCAAAAGUUUAAACAGGGAAAAGCGAGAGAAGGAACUACUGAGAGUGAAUCAAGAGAACCAGGCCAUUCUGGAUAGGAUUACAAAGUGUGAGCCUCAGUAUCAAGUUCAGAGGUGGCAUGAAGACUGGCAAAGGGCGGAAAAAUACAUGGACAGCAUUGCAAGAUAUCCUCGUGGGUGGUAUAAAUUGCAGAAUCGAAAGGAACAAAAACAAAACAAGAACCCAUCAAAACAAGAGAGAGAAAAAAGAGAUAAGCAACAGAAUGAUGAAGAUGUGAAAAGCAAGACAGAGGAGGGAGAAAAAGGGGACGUCCAAAGUAGAGCGGAAAAAGAUCACCAAAAGAGAGAGACUGUUUUAGAAAUGGUGUAAUUCCAACCAGUCCCCUAUGAACACAGUUCAAGCAAUUUCUAGAACUAAACAUGAGAUAGGCUGUGUGGGAGAGGCAGCUGCAAGAGCUUAAAUAGAUACUAUCAUUUUAAGGAAAUUACUAUAAGUGUAGGUAUUAGGCACAUGUCUUUAUUAACUUAUAUACAUCUCUUUAUAGUUGCCAGCAAACUAUAACUCUGCAUAGCAUUUCAUGAACGCAAAUGAAGUGGGAGCAAAGCUGGGGCAAUGAAUUGACUUUAUCACAGGUAAUUAGUCCAGCUGAUUAAAACCAGCUUGUUAAAAAAUAACUAUAUUUUAAUUCUCACAAUAGUAUCCAUCGGAGAUUCGCCAAUGAAGGUUGACUUGGAUGACAGCAAAUAGUUUAGAGCAGUGUUUUUUUUAAAUGUGUUCAUAGACUGGAUCCCCUCUUAAUAGAGGGAUGGCUGGGUGGACCACUUCCCUCCCUGUUCAUGAUCUCCUGUCAGUUUUGUGUCAGCUACAGCAAUUGCAUACAUGGAGAAGUAAUAUUAAUAAUACAUUAAGUAUUUUCCUAGUUUCUUUUCCAGGAAUUUAGAAGCUGGAAACAAAGAGGAGAAACAACAUCCUGUGAUCAGCCAACCAGUUCUUAAUUUGUGCCGGGUCUUGCCGGUGCUGAGCCCAGCACCUCUAAGCUUGGGAGUUCAUAGCCCCAGCACCUCUAGGCUUGCAGCAUCAGUUAUGAAAGUAAAGAAAAAUUGCUUGAGUCCCAGCACUUCUUUCAUUACAAAGAAAGCACUGGAGCCAGCUCUCUGUGUACCACCUGCAAGUGCUCUCCAGGCCACCACUAGUCCACAGCCUAUAAGAUGGGAAUUCUUGGUCUCGAGCAGUGGUCUCCAAAGAGGGGUGCGCAAGAGAAUCCUUGGGGGUGCACGGCAGGAGGAGCGCUUUUUUUUUUUGGCUUUGGCAGGUCAGGCGGGAGUCCGAGCGGCUUCUUUUUUGUGUGUGUGCAUGGCAUGGCAGGGGAUGCGUGCUCAAUUUUUUUUUACUGAUGGGGUGCGCGAUCAAAAAAGUUUGGAGACCACUGGUCUAGAGGAUGCAUCCCCAAGCCUUUUUAUGUGAUACUUCAUAGAAAACACCUACUGAAUCCACAAAAUAGUCUAAGCACACAAAGCCAGUCAAGUGAAACUUCACUCCUCUUGGAGAAUAUAAAAUCUGAAGCCAAAUAACAGGGUGUAUUAACAAGUAUUGGCUUUUGUUUUGUUGGAAAUAAAAGUUAUAAACAUGA